CGGUAAUUGCAGCAGACCUACCAGACCCCACUAUAGUACACGUCCCUCGUGUUCACUGUCUCCUCCAGUAUCAUGCAAUCCUGUUGCGUUAGUUUCUGAAGGGAAAAUACUUUGCAUCAGGCGACACCAGGAAGUAAAACUGGCUACUGAAGGCUUCAAACCUGUAGACAAACUGUGGUUCAUGGUUUUCUCCUCCUUAGUAUACAUCUGAAUUGUUUAAAAUAGCGAACUUCCCAAGUUUGCUCGCACUACGCCAUAGGGAGAGGUCGAUUGGAAAUAUUGUUUAAUGAAACGUGUGUCCUCGUGGUGAUGCUGGUGGGCGACUCUACAAUGGCAUCAUCCGACUGAGAUGCUCCGAUGGUGGUGCGAUGUCGUACUGGAAUGUUGGAUCUACUGAAGUCCUGGAGGGCCAACCUGCAUGCAGCAGCGCAGAGCAAGAUGCUGCAGCUUCUGAGUGUGGCCAGUGAGCAUGGAGAUGUGAAGAGUGUUCGGUUCCUGCUGAUGGAUGCUCGGGUCCAGCUCCCCCAGGAACCCAGCAAGGAGAACCCAGCCAUCCUGGCCGCUCAUUAUGGCCAUCACGCGGUGGUCCAGGAGCUGCUGGACUCCAUCCCACGCCCUUGUAUCCACAAGGAUCUGCUGAACUGGAUUCUGGCUACGGCGUGUCAGAGGGGCCAUUUCGAGGUGGUGAAGCUCCUGGUCCUUGGUUACCAGGCCGACACGGAUGAGUGUGGCGCACGUAUCGACGACUUCGCCGUCAUCACUGGCCUGCCACUGUAUGCUGCAGCCAGAGCAGGAAAUAAGGAGAUAGCCGCCUUUCUGCUGGAGAAUGGCGCUGGCUUCUCGUCGUACACGUUGAUGGACCACGCCGAGUUCAGCCGGCAGCUGCUCAGACAGCGCCUCCUGGAGGACAAAGACAUGCAGUGCGACAGGAAAAUUCAGCAACCCCUGAGUGUGCACUGGUCAAAACUAAAGCUGCAGUGGCUGGAGCUGGACUGGUUCCUGGACGUGUCAUCCAGAAUCACAGUGCUGGAUUUGUCCCACAACAACCUGAAUUCACUGCCUUCGGUGGUGCCCUGGGGCCUCAUCCACCUCCACAGCCUCAACGUCUCCCACAACCAGCUCAAAGAGCUGCCCACACCCCAUUCCUCCCAGGAGAUCAUCUGCUCCAGACUCUCCCAGGUCGAUCUGUGUGAGAAUGAGCUGGACAGCCUCCCAGCCGGCUUGCUGCAUCUCGGCCAGGUCCAGAGGAUUUCUGCCACCAAGAAUAAACUUGUCAUCCUCUUCGAUAUCCCCAACGGCACCAACUGGAUAGGCCUGCGGCGGCUACAGGAGCUGGACGUGUCCAGUAACUGUCUGACUGACCUCCCCUUUGCUGUACUGAACCGCUUCAAGUCCCUCAGCAGCCUGAACGUCAGCAGCAACAAUCUGGGUCACUUCCCGGACCCCUGGGCCUGUCCGCUGAAAAUCUGCAAGGCAGCGAACAACCAGAUCAGGAGCCUCCCCGACACCAUCUCCAUCUUCUGGAGGACCCACCUGAAGGAGGUGGACUUCUCCGAGAACGCCCUGACGGAACUACCCUCCUACAUAUUUGAGCUUGAGGCUAUCAUCUCCCUGAAGCUGUGUGGGAAUCAGAUUGCGACUCUGCCUGCUCCCACCAAAUGGAAAUGCUCACAACUCAGAACACUGGACCUGUCCAGGAACCAGCUGGGGAAGACUGAGGAGAGUACCAAGACCAGGAAGCUUGCCUUUCUAACCACAUGGAAUCGCAGGGACCCAGAACCAGCGUGUCCCGUCCAGUUUCCCGACAUCUUGCGGGAUUCGUUGGAAGUGCUCUUACUGAACGAGAACCAACUGGAGUGCGUGCCUCUGUCCGUGUGCGCCCUUAAAAACCUCUCCGAGCUCUAUCUGUCCAAUAAUCCAGGCAUCCAGGAGCUCCCUGCUGAUCUGGGCCAGCUCACUAACCUCUGGCAGCUGGACAUCGAGGGGCUGAACAUCAGCAACGUCCCCGCUGACGUCUCCAAGGACGGCCCUGCGGCAGUGCUGGCGUUCCUGCGAGCGGAGCUGCGGCAUGCUGAGCCCUGCAGGCUGCUCAAGAUGCCGGUGGUAGGUCCACCACGGCAAGGCAAGAGCUCCUUGCUGGAGGUCCUGCAGACCGGAAAGGCCUCUUCCUUCCUGUCCUCGGAGCACAGCAUCCGCACCUCCUCCUGGGAUCUGGAGAGACCCAGUGGAGUCAAGUCUGGCGUCGACUCCGUGUCCUUCAAUGUGUGGGAUAUUGGCGGGCCGGCCAGCAUGUCCACCAUAAACCAGUGUUUCUUCACGGACAAGGCUGUAUACAUGGUCAUCUGGAACCUGGCCCUGGGAGAGGAGGCUGUAGCUAACCUGCAGUCCUGGCUUCUCAACAUUGAGGCGCGUGCCCCAAACUCUGCCGUGGUGGUGGUUGGUACCCACCUGGACCUCAUCGACACUAAGUUCCGCACGGAGCGAAUUGCCACACUGCGCGCCUACAUCCUGGCACUGUGCAGGAUGCCAUCGGGGGCCAGGGCGAGCGGCUACCCUGACAUUACCUGGAAGCACCUGCACGAGGUGUCGUGUAAGACACUGGAAGGCUUUGAUGGGCUCAAGAGGCUGUUAUAUCAGGUGGCCUGCUCCAUGAAGGACAUCAGUAAUCUCGCCAGCUGCCACAGACUGGUGGGAAGACUGAUCCCCAGAAGCUAUCUGAUGCUACAGGAGGCUGUGCUGGCUGAGCGCUACAGGAGAGACGCAGCAGAUGAGGUUCAGUAUCUGACUGACCUGGAGCUGGACCAAGUUAUUGAGCAGAACCCCAGCAGUGACAUCAAAGACUACGAGGACCUACAGAUGGCCAUCAACUUCCUCAUUGAGACUGGCACCCUGCUCCACUUCCCCGACACCAGCCACGGUCUGUGCAAGCUCUACUUCCUGGACGCCGUGUGGCUGGCCGAGUGUCUGGAACGCAUUGUUCACCUGAAGAGCUCGCGCUCCGUGGCCCGCAAUGGCGUGAUCCGGGCCGAGGACCUACGCAUGCUCCUGGUGGGCACGGGCUUCACCCGGCAGACGGAGGAGCAGUACUUCCAGUUCCUCACCAAGUUCGAGAUCGCCCUCCCAGUGGCGAGUAACAGCUACCUCUUGCCACACCUGUUGCCUCCCAAGCCUGCCAUGGACAUCCACGGCUUCCGCCAGCUGAGCAACAACACCAUCCAGCGGCACUUUAAGAUGAGCUUCGUCCCGGCGGGCUUCUGGGAGCGCUUCAUCGCCCGCAUGCUCAUCAGCCUCAACCAGAUGGACCUGCAGGCUUUCGAGGGCAAAAAGGGCUCACGCAGCCCGCGCAGCAGGAGCACAGUGAUUUACAGCUUCGCCGGGAGCCAACCGAGGAGCAGAGGCAGCACGUUCCGCGUGCGCCGGAGCCAGACCAUCUACUGGAAGGAAGGGCUGCUGGUCACCUUCGAUGGAGGCUAUUUGAGUGUGGAGUCAUCAGACCUGAACUGGAAGAAAAAUAAGAGUGGUGGCAUUAAGAUCAUCUGCCAGUCAGAGAUGAGAGACUUCUCAGCCAUGGCCUUCAUCACAGACCAUGUCAAUGCUCUUAUAGAACAGUGGUUCCCUGCACUGACCGCCAGCGAGAGUGACGGGUCACUGCUGAUUGAGCAAUAUGCGCCCUGCCCGCACUGCAGCUCCACCUCCCGCCACGCAGACCACCUCCCCCUGGCUGGCUCCACCCCAAGCUCCGUCCACUACUUCAACAUGGAAGACUGUGUGCUGGCUGCCACUGAGAAGGAGCACAUCACCUGCCCUGUGCACCCUGACACGCCUGUGCCCCUUCAGGAGCUCGUCCCCGAACUUUUCAUGACCGACUUCCCUUCCCGGCUGUUCCUGGUGAAGGGUGACCUGGACUGCAGUGAGCAGGAGAGAGAUAUCCUGGGCCAGGGUGGGAGUGGCACCAUCAUCUACAGGGCCAAGUACCGGGGCCAGCCCGUGGCCAUCAAACGCUUCCACUUCAAGAAAUGCCGACAGUUCUCCAUCAACAGCACGGACACCAUGCUGAAGCACCUGCAGUCCAUGGACGCUUCCAGAAGUUUCUCAGAGUUCCGGCAGGAAGCUGGCAUGCUGCACACGCUGCAGCACCCGUGCAUCGUGGCCCUCGUGGGAAUCAGCAUCCACCCGCUUUGCUUCGCCCUGCAGCUGGCCCCACUCGGGAGCCUCAACACCGUCCUGGAGGAGCACAGCAAAGGUUCUCAGUUCAUAGCACUGGGCCACAUGCUGACCUUCAAAGCAGCCUAUCAGAUCGUGACAGGCCUAGCCUACCUUCACAAGAAGAACAUCAUCUUCUGUGACCUAAAAUCCGACAACAUCCUGGUGUGGUCCCUGGAGGUGGAGGACUCUGUUAACUUCAAGCUCUCUGACUACGGCAUCUCACGGCAGUCGUUCCACGAGGGAGCUCUGGGUGUGGAGGGGACGCCAGGAUACCAGGCCCCUGAGAUCCGCCCAGGUGUCGUCUAUGAUGAGAAGGUGGACAUGUUCUCUUAUGGUAUGGUGCUGUAUGAGCUACUGUCGGGCCGUAGGCCAGCCCUGGGUCAUCACCAGUUUCAGAUAGCUAAGAAGCUCUCAAAAGGAGUCCGUCCCACUCUGGGCAACCCAGAGGAGGUACAGUUCCACUACCUGCAGGCCCUCAUGCAGGAGUGCUGGGACACCAAGCCAGAGAAGCGUCCGCUGGCCAUGCCUAUUCUAAGGCAAAUGCAGGAGCCCAGUUUCCCCUGCCUGAGGUACCUGCUGCCCUGCCAGGAGCAUAGCCAGCUCUUCCUGUCUCCUCUGCAGGGCUACAGUGCUGUCUUCUGGGAUGGACACCAGGAAGACAGGAACUACACUGUGGUGAAUGUAGAGAAAGGCCAGGUGGAAGUGAAGCGAAUGCCUUGCCCAGGAACCCGACUCUGCUGUCAGCUGAAGAUGGAGAACACCCUGUGGACUGCCACUGAGGAGCAGGAGAUCGUUAUCUACAGCCUGAAAGAGAUGUGUCCCCUGAGCCACCCGCAGAAGCUGCUCUCCUGUCCAGCUGUGGUCACCUGCCUCAUGCUGCUGCCAGCCAGGUCAGAGACACUCCCACGGGUUUUUGCUGGCAUGUUGGAUGGCCUUGUGGCAGUGUACACUGUGGUGGAUGACAUGCCGGUGGAGGGAGAGACCUACAUCUGCUCGCACACUCUGAACAAGUCCCGGUUUGGGAUGGAGGACUCGGACCCCCGCCAGAGGCCAUACCCUGUACGGAGCAUUGUGCCAGUGCGGUCAGGCUCCGAGCUGUGGUACACCAAUGGCCCCGGUGUGCUUGUGAUCGAUAGCCAUGAUCUGCAGCCCAUCCGUCGCCUUGAACCCUACCUCCCUCCCUCCUGCGUGGUCUCCAUGGUGUCCGCCUCCGGUUUCCGGGGCGACGAGUUCAUCUGGUGCCUGGACGACCGCACCAACACCCUGCUGAUGUACCAUGCCACCAGCUACCAGCUCUGUGCCAGCUACAACUGCGGGGACCUGCACCCGCUGCGUGAUGUCUUCCCCGUCCAGACGCCUGCAGAGGUGGUGGCAGGGGUCACUUCCGGCGCCGAGGUCACUACAGAGGAAGAGGAGGAGAGUGCAGGCGCCCCCAAGACAGAGCCCAGCGUGCCUGAGCUGGCAGUGCCUGUGAUGGUGAUCCACAGUGAGACAGCCGGCACACAGAUCCUCCAGCAGCAGGACUCGCUGGACUACUGCUCCAUCAGCUCUUCAGGGGUCAGCUCUGAGCAGCUGGACCAGGCAGGCGGCCUGACAGGGCUGGCCCACUUCGAGCGCUCCAGCUCGGGUGCCCUCAGCUCGCUGGCCAGCUCUGCCAGCAUACCCCUCUCCACAGACUGUGAGGAUGGAGACAGACCCCAGGCUGGGCAAGACUCCGUGGAGCCGUCACCCCCGGACAUAGCUCCACCGAGCUACAACUUUCCCAGCCUCCAGGCUGUUACUGUAGUUGCGGUCAAUGGCACAGUCUGGGUCCCCAGGCGUGGAGGGGAUAUAAUGGUAAUUGCAGUGCAGGAGCACACAGGGAUGCACAGAGGCCGUGUGAUUGCCGUGCUGGGCGUCCCCAAUGUGGAGCAGUAUGGGGCACUGGUGGAAGCAGCACUGGUUGCAAAGGACACCGUUGUGUGCGGCUUUCGUAACGAAAACAUGGCCUGGUGCCUGGCUGUCUGGAGGGCCUGGGGAGUGCGCGAGCUGGAGCUCUUCUACCAGAGCUACGAGGAGCUCGGCCACCUGGAGACCAGCAUAAGGAAAAGAUGGUAGCUGUGUGUGGGGGCGUGCGUGCGUGCGUGCGUGCGUGCGCCCUAGAGCAGAAUCGCAGCUCUGUGUGGCUAAGGGUGACUUGAGAGAAUACUCACAUAUCGGUAUAGGGACCAGGCCUGUGGAAUGUAUAUAUGAGUAGACCUUGCCUUCAGGUAAUUUAUACACACACACACACACACACACACACACACACACACACACACACACACACACACACACACACGUGCGCGCGCGCACGUACGCGCACACACAUGCAAGCCAUUCCAGAUAUUCGAGGGAAUAUCUCAGGGGCCUCGACAUACAGACAUACGCCGUGUAGACUACCACAUAAGCAUGCCCACUCUGUUCUUAGAUUUUGGACUGUACACACACUCCAUUAUAUUGACGGAACCUGAGACCUGGGGGUGGAGAGAGCUCUUGACAUCAGUGCUACAUUCAUGGACCUAACAUUUUAAAGUGGAGAGCUGCCAACUUAUCUCAGCUAAGCCUACCACCUGGAGGGGUGUGUUGUGUGCGGGUGGAUGUGUGUGUGUCACUGUCACAGGAAUCAGAAUUUAAGCAGCAAACCAAGGAAGAGAAUGAAGAGACUUUAAUACUUAAUAUCAGACUUCCACAGACUUCAGUUGUACCAAAGAACCAGAUAUGUUUGUGGAUUACGGCUAAAACGGUAUUUGUACUGUGACCUACAUGUUUUCCAAAGCCUCAAUGCAACCAGCACAGAACAACUGUAAGCUUUGGUAUUAACCCCCAAAGACGACCCUGAAUAUACCAAGGCCAUGAUGGAAGUGGUUUGCCAUCAGCAAAGAAUUGUGGGAGCUGAACAACUAGAAGCUUUUCUUUUACAACAGAUCUUGAAGAUCAGUUCACAGGUUUACGUACUGUACAAGAGAGUAACGUCUUAAAGACAUGCAAUCAUUCUCAGAUAUCAGCAGAAAUACCAGCAUGUUAGCUUUUACUACUGUACAUAUAUAAGGAUUUUAUUGUAGAUGAAUGAAUUGUAUCAUGUGUAUUAUGGAAUACAUAUGGAAUACAUAUGCAUGUGUAAAUAGAUUCUUACUGUAUAUACAAAUGAAAUGGAGUUGACCAUUG